UGUGUACCAUUUAAAUGUCACUUGAUAAUACAGACGUUUUGUCAUUUUAUUUUGUACCUUUAUUUUAAUAUUUUUUAUUUAAAAAUGUCGGUUUUCGACGGAGAAAUAGAGUUCAAAUCUGUGUAUAUGGAGGAUUUCGUGAAAAAAGAUAAACCUAAAAGCCCUCGACGAAAAGCUAUAGACGACGAUUGUCUUAUUGUCGGCCUCAGUCGCGACAGUCUAAACGCGAAGGAGCUGCCUCGUAAAAGUCCUGACGUUCUCUGUCCAGUCGACUUUGAAUAUUAUAAAAAUGCUGUUGAGAGGUUCAAGGAAGAUUAUCCGAAGCUAACAAAGAUGUAUAUGACGAAAGAAAUCGACCCAGUGCCGAUAGAUCAUGAGAUUCAAGAUCUAAAACGAACCGAGUAUCUCGUUAAGUACUGCUCUAGAGAGCUGCCGUUUAUGUCAGUAAAUCUGGCAAGAAGGGCUCGAGCACUUCAAACGCUUCGUUUACCUGACGACGUCUAUAUUCCGGACACCAGUCAAAAGGGCUCAUACAGACAUCCGACACCGGAGAAAUAUAAAGACCCUCCCUCGUCCUUGUCCAUGAAACCUAAGUUUGAUGCUUCUUUGCAAAAGGAACUUCGUCGUAUCUUACGAGUGAGAACAGGUGAUACGAGCUACGGCGUCAGUCACGAGCUUCUGGCCCAAGUUGUACUCGACAGGAGUCCAUUUGGACCUCCUCGUGAGGAACCAAAAUUUGGUCGUUGGCGUAAUCCUUACAUUUAUACUUAUAGAAUUUAAUUUUUGUUAAGUUUUUUAUAUAUAAUAAAUAUUGAUUUUAAA